AUGAAAAAAUGCAAGAGAUAUGAGAUAGAUUACAAGGAGAUGACUGGCGAAGAAUUGAACAUUGACGUGAUAGAUCAUUCCUUAGCAGGAAGUAGAUUGCAAGCGUUAAGAGUGGCUAUCUAUAAGUGGUGGUAUACGGUAAAAGAGCACGAUCCAAUCAGAGGACUUGUGUUCACAAAAGAUUUGAUGAACAAAACUAUCAAGACUUUUACACGGAUGGCUUGGGACACCACGUCACAUCUUGGUUGUUAUGUGCGGAAUUGCAGUGACGGCUAUCACGUGUCCUGUGUAGGUAACAUCGUGGACGAUUUGAUCUACGAAAAAGGCAGAACAUGCAGCCUAUGUAGAUAUUUCGAUUUGGCAUGCGGCCAAGAAACACGACUUUGUAUCGAGAAGAAGAAAACAUCAAAACGAUUUGGUACUACAGCAUUAACCCGUCCUCGCUGA